AUGCUUGAGCUGACCAGUUUGUCGCAAUGUGGUCAAAAUGAAUUUCUAAAACUCCACAACUUCUUAUAUAACCCAACCGAAUUUCCAAUAACAAAAUUUAACAUCUUACAACAUUGGGCGUCAGACAUUGUCACCGCUCUGUGCGAAGUCAUUCAAUGCAAACAAACUAUCCGUUUGGAAUCAAACAAGACUCAAAACCCUUCUGUUGUGACGAAGCCAAACAGUACAACUUCAAUCGGAGAACGUCGCAAAGCUUUCGAAUGGCAUUUCUUAGACCUCACAAAACCAAAACAACAACCUCCACAGUUAGGACAAAUUACUUUGACUUUAUAUGAAACAGCAAGAAUGAGCAAUUGGAAGCCACCAAAAAAUUGGCUGAAGACUCGAGCAAAUGAAGUGAAAAAACAAAAGACCGAACAGAAGACUGAAAAAAAUGUUCCAAAAACGACUGAAAAGAAAGAAGAACCCGCAAAAAAGGUUUCCGCAGAGAAAAGGAAAACAGAAAUUGCGAAACCACCAAAAGAAGUUGAAGAGAAAAUUUUAGAAGAGAAGAAAAAGGAAGAACCAAUCGACAAAUACGCCGUCUUUGAGGCUAUGAUGAUCACUGCAAAACUGAAUGACGAAAUCAGAGAGACGACAUUGGACGCAAAGAAAAGUUCGUUGGAACACAUCACCGACCUCUCAACAGCAAAGAAAGAAGUUAAAGAGUUCCGCGACAAAAUUAAACAGAAACUUGAGUCGAACAAAAAGAAGUUGGACAAGUGCGUUGAGAUGGAAGACAUGAUGCGAAAUAGAACGUUUGGAACCCCAAAAUUCCCGACAAAGGCCGAGCACGAGAUGUUACUCCGCUACAAAAAGUUGUUACCACAAGUCGACGACAUUUUAUAUUCAGGAAAGGCCAACAGUUUGAUAUUAGAAAUGGGCGUGACAUCGAAAGAGGUUGCUUCACUUGAAGGAGAUGAAGUUGAUAGGUGUAUGGUGUAUUCUAUUGGAGACUAUUUAAGGGUGUGUAAUCAAGAGAGUCGAAUUGAUGCACAAAUUGAGAAGGUCAAUGAAAUGAUGAAGGCAGAGAGCGCACAAUUAAAACAAGACUUUUGCUCAAUACGAGUGUCUGAGGUGAUUGAAGAAAUGGAAGAGAAGAUUAUGUUGGCGUCUCGACCACUUCCAGUCGAUUUGGGAAAAUACGAGGUGAAGUGGAGUUAA